UUUAGUCUUUGAACAUAUGGAAAAGGCAUACAUUUUUUGCCGUUAAAUGAGAAAUGUCCAAUGGUUUAUCGGUAAUUCCACAAUAAUAGGACAAUAAUUUGGAAAGUAUAUCAACAUUCCCUAGAAAUUAAUUCAUAGUAUUUCUUUGCUAAGCUACAUAAUUGGUGUUACUAAGGUUAAUUUCAUGUCAAGGUUUACAACUUCAAUCGGUAGAUUUUACUAUGAGCCCUAAAAUUUCGAUGUAUCAUUAUUAUAGACAUAAAUUUCAAUUAGUUCAAAAUUGUCAUGCAAGAUGUACAUCAUGAAUCCACACAGGGUAUGCUUUAUACGAUAAGAUCCAGUAUGAAUUAAGAAUAUACUGCCAGCUUUUUUAAACUUUGGGACUAAUUUAUAAAAUCCCAAUUAGGAAAAAUAAAUCGAAACAAACAAAUUUUUCUAACUUGCUUAAUAUUCACUGUCCUCAAACAAGAUUAAUUUAUUAUAUUAGUGUUUUCAUCUUCCUCACCAUGGUCCGAAAUACCAUUCGUAUCCAUGACUCAACUCCUAAACUCGGUAUACAACCCCCUCUAUCUGCGUUCACAUGUAAAUGUUGUUUCAUGUAAUUGUUUACGUUCUUCUACUACGUUGGUGGCAGUGUUGACGUUUUAAAUUCCGCCUUUUUACUUUACUUGGUUUUCUACACUAUUACUGUAUUUGUUUUUUAUUUCUAAACUUCACCAAGCCAUUAUAAACCAAUCUCAAGCUUGUCUAACACAUUACUGAUCGGAUCUUGUUGAUAGAUUUGGUUUGUGUCCAUAAGUCUGAAUGAUUCAAUAUCUCAUGUACCGGGAUUUUAGUUAAUCGGUAAAUGAGAAUCAAUUGCAAGCCCUGCUUAUUAAUUACCUUCAGUUUUCUAAUUUCUGAAAUUUAUAAUCAUUGUCUUCUUUCUUUAAACAUACAUAGCACUCUCGUCAAACAAAAAAGAAAGUUGAUUUUAGCUGUGAAAAUAUUGAUGCACGUCUUGAGAAAGGUAGUUUAAUUCAGGCUAAAUUAUAUGAAAUAUCACGAGAAAAUUUUCAUGUGAUAAAUCCAUACGAUGGUAAACGUAUUCAAAUUUCUCAUGAAAAUUGUAACAAUGCACGUAAUGGAGAUAUUGUUUUGGUUGAAUUAUUGCCUAUUGGAAAAUGGAAAUUAACUGGUAUUGAAAAUUUAGAAUCUCCAGAAAAGGAUAUUUCAGAUAGUGAGAUGGUUAUUUCAGAUGUAAUUCAGUCUACGGAUGAAAGUUCUGUAUUGGAUUCAGCUGUUGGUUCUACUUCACUUGAAGCAGUUGUUGCUAGUGAAUCACCAAUAUUGGCAGACCAAACACCAUCUACAUCCAUAGAAUUUAAAAAAUCUUGGUUCUACUCUAUCAGUUAUGUGAUAGAAAACUCUCAAAAUAUUAGCGAUACUAAAUUAUUGGACACAAUUAAGAAUUUAGAUCUGUCUUGUAUACCAAGUGCAUUGUGUUCUUUGCCAAAUCCUAAUUUAGUUCGUACAGGUGUAGUUAGAAAAAUUUUAAAAUCAAAUCCAGCUAAUCAGAAAAUUUUGGGUUGUCUUGCUUUUUAUCCAAGUAUUUUAAAUCGUAGUUCUGAAUUUUCACAAAAGCACGGAGAUUACUCGUGUGUUCUUCUCCCUUCUUCCAGUAAUCAUCCACUAGUUCACAUAGAUCCAUCUACUGUCCCUUCGGAUGCACUAAAGGAUCAUCAACUUGGAUUAAAAAGUAGUUAUGUGUGUCGAAUUACAAAAUGGUUCGAAAACUCAAAAUAUCCUCUUGGGGUAAUUGAACAAAAUUUCGGAAAUUUGAAUGAACUGGAAAAAGCAACUGUAAAUAUUCUUUUAGAACAUGGAAUCACUGACGAUCAAUUCACACCAGAAGAAUUACAAGGUCUGCCGACUAGCCCACAAGAGUUUCAAAUACCCGAAACAGAGUAUAAAAGAAGGAAAGAUUUCCGUUCUCAUUGUAUUGUCACCAUUGAUCCAAAAGAUGCAAAAGAUUUCGAUGAUGCAUUACAUAUCACUCGAUUGAAAAAUGGCUUAUAUGAAGUUGGGAUCCACAUUGCAGAUGUAUCAUACUUUGUUUACCCUAAUAGUCCAUUAGAUAAGAGAGCUGCAGAUAGGACUACUUCCGUUUAUCUGGUUCAGAAAGUCAUACCAAUGUUACCACCUAUCCUCUCACAACAUUUAUGUAGUCUUGUACCUAAUGAAGAUCGAUUGGCUUUUUCAAUUUUAUUAACAGUAAAAGAGAAUGGUGAGAUUAUCAAUGAAUGGUUUGGUCGAAGUGUAAUUCGCUCACGUUGCCGCUUGACAUAUGACGAAGCCUGGAGCAUAAUCCAAACGACACAGUCAAAUCCAACCAUCGAAGAUAAAUCACGUUUAUUAGAAUUUUUGCCUAAGCCUGAAGCUCCUUUCACGUUUCAAGAUCUUCAAAAUUGUCUGUCUUCUCUGCAUCUGAUAGCAACAAAUCUACGUAGUCAUCGAAUUGAAAAUGGCGCUAUAUCUUUCGACAAAUUAGAACUGAAUUUUAGUUUUCCAAAACCACUACCUGUAAUGGAGAAACACACAAAUGAAUGUUCAACUACACUUUGGCCUCAGGGUUUCUCUGUGAAAGUACGUAAUCCUGCUCAUCAUUUAAUUGAAGAAUGGAUGAUUGUCGCUAAUCAAUCUGUUGCUCGAUUUUUAUUCGGAAACUUUAUUAAACGCCUUAAAGGUGUGCAACCUUUUGAAAUUACUGUUGAUACGGGCAAUAAUAAUCAGAAAUGGUUGGGUGCAACGCUACGAAAUCAUUCGAAACCGGAUAGAAAUAGAUUUAGUCAAUUGGUAAAAAUAGCAAAAUCAAACAACAUUGACUUCGAUUCCUCAAGUUCUCUUUCACUUUCCUGUUCUGUCAAAAAGUUGGCUCACAGUAUAGCUGAAAAAAACUCCUAUAAUGAAUCGUUUCUCUUAAAUUUGAUGUCUUCUUUGUCAUAUAUGACCUAUAUCCGCCUAUCUGUAGCUCUAUACUUUAAUUUGGAUAGUAUGUAUAACAUACUUAGCAAACGUUAUGACGAAGAAAAAUUGUUAGAAAAUAUCUCAUACGAUGAUGAUUUUUUACGACUGCUGUCUUUUGAUCCUAAAUCGAUAUUAAAACGAAAUAAUAGAACUAUGCUAAAUUAUACAUGGCACUAUGGUCUCAGCAUACCAUUGUAUACACAUUUCACUUCACCCAUUAGACGAUACGCUGAUUUGCUUGCUCAUCGUCAGAUGGCAAGAAUAUUGGAAUGUGAUAAUUCUGUUUAUCCAGAAUUGCAAGUAUCUUUUCAAAGCAAUAACUCAAUACAAAAAGAUAUUAAGAAUUCUGAUAUAGAUUUACUGGUUGCUUGGUGUAAUGAUCGUCGACUAAAGGCUAAACGAGCUGGAGAAGCAAGCCAACGUUUGUUUUUUACAGCUUGUCUUAGAGUGAGUGUUCAUAUACUGUUUGUAUCAUUACAUAUAACUUGAAAUCCGUUUCAUUCAUUAAUUUCCACGCAACAUUUACUUUUUUUAUAUUAAUUUACUUCAAGUCUGUCUGCCGACAUAUGUAGUAUGUAACGUCAAUCAGUAGUGAAAUGCUUAACAAAAGAGGGUUGAUAAAAUUGAACUCAAGAAAACAGAAAGGGAAAAAUGAAGGACUUGAGAAUGGCAAUUAUCAAGAAUGCAAAGGACAGUUGAUGGAAGAUUUGCAAAUGAACUAAUACAUCGUUUUCACAUUUUACGAAAGAAUUCCGUAACUUUGUAAUGAACAAUAAGCUGGUCUUCCUCACCUGAGUUCUCGUUCACUACAGAUACAUUGAGGAAUUACUUAGCACAUGAAUCGAUUUUCCCUACAAAGUACAUGAUCGGUAAUUGUACUAAUUGUCUGCCUAUCAACGUAUUUAUUACUUUCACCACAAUGCAACUUUUCUUAAACAUUAUGCUUCUCGUUAUUUUCUUCCAUUCCAGAAUGUUUAUAUUUUUCCAACCUUUAAAAAUCAUAGUUGAGAUAGCUUAACCGACAGUCACUUUUUUUCUAAAAUAAUAGGAUUAUGGCCCGUUUUAUGAAAAUGGUACUGUGAUGGAUUUGUCCGCCAAUAAAAUCAGAAUUUUGAUCGCAUCUUAUGGCUUAACCAUCGAAACAGAAAUCAAAGAGUUUUUGAAAAAUGUCUUCAAGUGGCAACACAAUGCAGCGGUCAAGGAAGAUGAUCCAGAUAAAGGACUAUCCAACAACGAUUUAAUUCCAGGAAAAACCAAUACAAUAACUUUUACAUGGGAUAAUACAGAGGAUCAAACUGUACAGAAUUCAAAACAAUCAGAAAUAUCCAUACUUUCGGUUCUACCUUGUCGUGUAUUUUGUCUUCAAAACACACUUAUCCCACUUGUUGAGUUGGUGACUUCGAAUCAUAUCUCUAACCAGAAUGUGUAGUAAAUAAUAUUGUUAUAUUACAAAAAGAACUAUGUACAGUGUAUAUUAUUGCU